GCGAAUUCCAUCACAUCAGGAGGGACGACCAUGGAUGAGAUCAAACAUGUACCGCUGGCGACGCCCACCACCGACAAGGACGCCACAAUGCUCAAGGACCUGGACGGCGAGAUCCCGCAGCAUGUCUUGGACGACAUCCACGACCACCGGCGGUUCAUCUGGUGGUCGCUGCUGUUCCUGAACGGGUCGGUGCUGUGGGCGUACUACUCGGGGUUGUCGGCGCAAGACUACUACGCGGCCAAGUUCAGCGCGGCCGACUUCAACUUUGCAUACCUGACGACGCCCGUGUCGACGUGGCCCAUGUUUGUCGGCCACGCGCUCCAACUGUUCUUUGGCUGGGACAAGAAGAUCAACAUGUGGACUCGCGUGAUGGUCGGGUACGUGCUCUUCAUCGGGUGCGCGCUCAUCAUCCUGGCCCAAGAAGCGUUCAACACGUCGCCCAGCACGGGCGCCACGCUCGUGCUGCUCUCGCUCGGCAUGAUCGGCGCCAUCAACACGCUCACCGAGUCUGCGUUCUACGCGCUGUCGGCCUUGUUCCCCGACUCGUCGUUCACGACCGCCAUCCAGAUCGGCAACGGCGCGUCCGGCGUGAUCAACAUCACGCUGAGCACGAUCAUCCGGCUGCUCGUGGGCGGCACGAGCCCCGCCCCGGAAGACAAGGCGUCGAUCAACUCUGUGUCGUUCUACAUCUUCUUUAGCAUCCUCAUCGUCGUGUGCGUCGUGGCCAUGUACCUGUUCACGCGCCUGAUCAAGGUCGAUGGCGUCAAGUACCUUCUCGAGCGCAACGACGCCGAGACCCGUCGCCGCGCCGCCAACUCGGAGACCCUCGGCAACCACCUUGCGCGUCUGUGGCGCAUCACCACGGUCAUCAUGCUGCCGUUCGUGGCGCAGUUCAUCAUCUUCCUCGUGUCCCUCACCGUGUUCCCGGGCAUCGGGUGCUCGUCCGGGUUCCAGUACGCCGCCGGCGCUUCGUGGGCCAACUGGUAUUGCGCCCCCGGCAUCAUUGCCACGUACAACUACGGCGACUUCUUCGGCCGACUGCUGGCGCCGCUGCUGCUCACGCGCAUCGACCUCAAGUGGUGCUUUGGCCUGACGUGGCUGCGCUGGGCGUUCCUCGUGCUGCUCCUCAUCGGGCUGCCCGGCGCCGACCCCGUGACCUUUGCCAGCCCGACCAACUCGCUGUUUGUGUUCCAAGACGCCCGCGCGUUCGGUCAGUUCUGGCAGCUCUUUUUGAACGUGUUGAUCGGGUUGACCAAUGGCAUCUUGUCCACGAUCACAUUUGCGCUGGGGCCGCGCCUGGUGCCGCAAGAGGACCGCGAGUCGGCCGGCGCGCUCAUGGUGCUCGCGCUCUUCUUUGGCAUUUCGUCGGGCGCCACCGUGGGCUGGCAGUUUGGCUCGAACCACUGGUUUGGCGCAUAAUCCAGAGAGGAUAGUUGUUUAGGCGUAGUAGUAGUUAGGUGGAGCUGCGGCUGUCUAUAGCGACAGCAUGUAUAUACUAACGUUAAGUAGAUCUUGCGCACGAUAUUUUUCAUAAGCUUAACAGAGUGUCCCGUUGUGUCUC